AUGCAGGAGCUCAAGGAGAAGCUGCAGCAGUAUGUUGAUGAGGUGAAUGCCCACAAGCCAGGUUUCAUCAAGGCUGUCCGGCACAGCAGGCAGGAGGGGCUGAUCCGCUCCCGAGUCAGCGGCUGGAGAGCAGCCACAGCGCCGGUCGUCGCUCUCUUCGAUGCCCACGUGGAAUUCAACGUGGGUUGGGCUGAACCAGUGCUCACCAGGAUAAAAGAAAACAGAAAAAGAGUAAUUUCUCCAUCAUUCGAUAACAUUAAGUAUGAUAAUUUUGAAAUAGAGGAGUAUCCCCUCUCAGCACAAGGCUUUGACUGGGAGCUGUGGUGCAGGUAUCUGAACCCUCCUAAGUCCUGGUGGAAACUGGAGAACACAACUGCUCCAAUAAGAAGUCCUGCACUGCUUGGAUGCUUCAUAGUGGACAGAGAAUACUUCCAAGAGAUUGGAUUGCUGGAUGAAGGCAUGGAAGUAUAUGGAGGAGAGAAUGUGGAGCUUGGAAUCAGGAAUGUUCAUUACACGAGCAGUCAGCAGCUCCACGUGGGUGUUCUGAGCCCCACCAUCGACGACGAUGACAACAGAUGCCUGGUGGAUGUCAACAGCAGGCCCAGGCUCAUUGAAUGCAAUUAUGCCAAAGCCAAGAGAAUGAAGCUUUACUGGCAAUUUACUCAGGGAGGUCCUAUCCAGAACCGAAAAUCCAAGCGCUGCCUGGAAUUGCAGGAGAACAAUGAAAAUGAAUUUGGAUUUCAAGUGGUCCUUCAGAAGUGCACUGGACAACGCUGGUCCAUAACAAAUGUCCUGAGAAGCUUGUCAUUAUAGCAGACUAAAUUUUGUACCCAUUUCUUUUGCUACUGUGUAGCAAGUACUGCAUUGUCGCCUGCUGUACUGUAUCCCUCCCGCUCCCCGUCCCCCCAGCUCCUUCUCUCCCCUUUUUGUCUCUGAUUUGAUUUUGUGAGUGUGUGGAAAUAGGGUUUGUGGGCUGGAAAUAAGAAGUUUUUAUUUCACCAUGAUGUUUUCACGACAUUUAUAGAGAUGCUGAAUGACAGGUGACGGGUAGGCUAUCCUAAAAUAUUUUACAACUGUAACUAUUAAGCAAAUGGAGAAUAUUUAUAUCUCAAACUUUUAUUGAAUAAAAAAGCCCAAACACUA